AUGAUUGCUAGUACAUUAACACGUAAUUCAGUUAAUCCUGUAUGGCUUAAUGCAAAUACAACAUUAACUAAUUAUCAUCAAUCAUAUUCAACAAUUAAAAAAGAAGCUGCAACACAAACAUAUAGAAUUUAUUAUCCAACUGAAAAAGAAUUGAAAGAAUAUCAUCCAAUAUUAACAUCUACAAGUCCAGGAAAAGGAUAUUGGCGACAACAGUUAGAUCAUAUUUGUGCUCAUUUAAAAACUUAUGCAGUUAAUCGACCAGAUUUUCAAUCAUUGAUUGGUGAAUCACGUAUGGGUAAUAUGAUUCAUGCAACUGUACAUGAAAAUGAAUAUCAAGUAACUAUACAAACAGUAUUUCGUAAACCAGAAAAUCUUUCACAAUCACCAUUUUUUAUUAAUGAAACAAAUGAAUAUUAUCCAAUAAAUAGUGAACGAAGUUCACCAUAUUCAAAUACAAUUUAUUCUGAUAAUGAAUAUCCAAGAGAAAAAUCACAACGAACAAAAGUAAAACAUCGUAAUAAAAAACGACCACAAUCAGCUAAUACUAUUACAAAAAAUAUUGAGAGUUCAACUCAUGCAUUAAUUCGAUUAUUUGAAAAAAAAAUAAUAAUUAUAAUAAAAAAUCAUUACAUCAAAUCGAUAUAUUAA